AUGUCUUAUGACCGCUUUGUGGCCAUUUGUCAUCCAUUGCAUUACAACGUCCUCAUGACCAACAAAUUGUGUUGUGAGAUGGCUUCUUGUUGUUGGGCUGGCGGUUUCUUCUCAAUGUUAACAACUCUAAUUCUGGUUUGCAAGUUACAUUUCUGUGGUCCGCAUGUGAUUGAUCAUUUCUUCUGUGACUUUGCUCCCAUUUUGAACCUCUCUUGCUCUGAUACUUUUGUUGUCAAACUAGAGACUUUCAUUUUUACUUCCUCUGUGACCCUCUUCCCAUUCAUGUUUAUUAUUGGCACUUAUAUAUGUAUCAUUAUCACAGUACUUAAGAUUCCCACCUCCACUGGUAGGCAGAAGUCAUUUUCUACCUGUAGCUCCCACUUGGCAAUUGUUUCAACAUACUAUGGCACUCUGAUUACUGUGUAUGUUGUGCCUUCUAGGCAGCAAUCAAAUUCCAUUAAUAAGAUUUUGUCACUAAUGUACACUAUAGUAACUCCAGUGUUUAACCCUAUAAUAUAUAGCUUAAGAAAUAAAGAAAUAAAGAUAGCUGUUCUAAAAACCCUGAGGAAAGCCGGGUGA